UUGCAAUGUCCAGAACUGGAACAAAGGACUUUCUGAGUUGGUCCAAUAUUUUACCAGGGUCCAAAUUCUGAACCCAUUGGGGUGAUGAUAACUGAUUCUGAUUUGAGUCUAGACAACGUCCACUGAGGCAUUUUAGUUUUGGAAAUGCACACAGCAGGAUCUGUUUUCCACCCGUAGAAGCUGGUUGGCGCAGUCCGUGCUGUUUGUUCAAUGGAUGAGCUGAGCAACAUGUACGUAAUACCUGUCAGACCUUUGAGGUAGGCCAGGCCAGGAAAUAGACUGCAUGAAUAAUCCUGGAGCUCUGCUUUGCUGAUAGAGGCUGGAGGAACAGAAUCUUGAAAGCCUGGGAGCAUUCUCCCUCCCUCUUCGACUCAAGGAAGUUAAGGUGGAACUAAUCUGUUUCUUUCUAAUGUUUUUUUCCCCCUGUCCUGGGCUCAGAUCAGGUUUUGCUAAUUGCCAUUGCAUUGUUUGUCCAAGGUUAUCUCUGCAAUACCUGCUGGAGGGCUGGGCUGGCUGACUGCUUAGUCAGGGGUCUUCCAGAUAAAGCAAUUCAUGGAAAGUUGGCAUCAGUUGGCUAAAUGAGAGCUAGCCACCAGGGAACAUCAUCAUGGUGUCAUUGGCUUGGAAGGAGAAGAAGUGCCAGGACACUCCCAUCUCAGUUCCUCAGAACUGCUUUUGAUCUUUCAUGGGUACCAAUUCUGCAACCUCGUCCUGGAACCUGAGCCCCAUCACUGCAUGGGCCAAUCGUCCCAUUAGGGAUUUUGAGAACAUGUCACAAGCACUCUCUAAAAGGGGUGGCCACGGUGAGCAUGCCCAGGUGCAAAAAAGCUCAUUUCCCAGAAGAAAAAUUCAGGAGGUUGCUCCUCCCACCCCUUCUAAACCUCCAAGUUGCUUUCUCCCACCCCAGCUUGUCUUUAUCUUCUCUAGACCCUCCCAAACAACGUUCUGGGUUUCAACCACUUUCUGCUGUUUUAUAUCCCAGGGUGAAAGAUGAUGCUGAAGAUGGAUUUUGUGCUUUGUAACCAGCCAGCUUCCCCUUUUUUAAAAAAGAAAAGAAUCUUGGAAAUAUAAUUCUACUAAGUGAAUCAUCACACCUGGGGGUGUCUUAAUUUAGUAUGGGAACAGGCAGCAGAAUUCAAGCUUACUUCAAAGGUACUCUCUGUUCCAGAAGAUUCCCAGUCUCAUAUUGGUAGGGAUGGUCUGUAUCCACGCAGAAGCACACUUGCUUGCUCACUUUCCUACAUUGACAAAAUAGCCUGGCCCUGGGAAGUGACUUGGGGACAUCAGCGUUUUCCUGCAGCUCUCCGGAGAUCUAGAUGAUGCUUUCCCUGAGGAACCUCCAGGGGCCACUGGGUUGGUGUCGAGUCCCCGUUUCCAUCUGAAGAGUGUUUCUCUGCAAGGGGAACAUUGAGCAUCCAGAACCCAAGAGCAGCAAUGCUGGUGAAAGAGUAUCGGAUCUGUAUGCCGCUCACCACUGAAGAGUAUCGUGUUGGGCAACUUUACACCAUCAGUAAGCACAGCCAUCAGGAAAGCGACAGAGGAGAAGGGGUGGAAGUGGUGAAAAACGAGCCGCACGAGGACCCCGUCCACGGCCGGGGCCAGUUCACCGAGAAGCGGGUCCACCUGUCCAGCAAACUGCCUAGCUGGGCUCGUGCAGUAACACCACGGAUCUUCUAUAUCACGGAGAAGGCCUGGAACUAUUAUCCAUAUACCAUCACAGAGUACACGUGCUCCUUUCUGCCCAAAUUUUCUAUCUACAUAGAAACCAAGUACGAAGAUAAUUGUGGAAAUAGCACCGACAUCUUUCCCAGUGAAAAAAUCUUGGGAGACCAUGAAGUGAUGUUCCUGGACAUCGCGUUUGAUGAAGUUCCAGACCGUUACUACAGGAGCCUAGAGGAUCUCCGAUCCUUCUGCUCAGCCAAGACGGGUCGUGGGCCACUACAGGAGGGCUGGCGGGAACAUACACAGCCCAUCAUGUGCUCCUACAAACUGGUGACAGUCAAAUUUGAAGUCUGGGGGCUGCAAACACGGGUAGAGCAAUUUGUCCAUAAGGUCAUUCGAGAUAUUUUACUCAUCGGCCAUCGCCAAGCCUUCGCCUGGGUGGACGAGUGGUGUGGCAUGACGAUGGAUGAGGUCCGCUUAUAUGAGAAGGAGACUCAGGAGGCCACCAAUGAAAUUGUGGGCAUCAUGACGCCUACCAUCUCCAUCAGUGAAGUGUGCCUGCCCCCCAGCACUCAGAGUGCCCCUUCCAGUGCCCCCUCCACACCCCUGAGUGGUGAAGCCCCUGAGUUCCUCAGCGUUCCCAAGGACCGCCAACGGAAAAAAUCAGCUCCAGAAAUGCUCUCGCUGCCAGUGCUGCGGGAACGUUCCAACCUGGAGUAACAGCUGCCUCGUGCUCAGAGCCCCUGUCCCCACCUGCACAAAGGAGCUCCCUAAUUCAUUUCCACAGAAGGGGAUGUGGGGUCUCUGAUGCCCUUGUUUUUCUAAAUAUUUCCUUACCAUCCAGGCUUUGCCUUGAACCCAGCAGUGCUCAUUUAUUAGGCAGCAGAGGGAACUCCAGCUGAUAUGCCACCUUGGGAGAUCUUGGGAGAUCCCCAGAUCUUGGGAGCAUCUUUAAGCCUUCUGAUCUGUUCCCAGUUCCUCCACUAUCCAAUUCCUGGUCCUGUCUUUGCUGCCUUGGGUCAAAAGGGUUUCAGGGGGGCAUGCCUGAUCCAUAGCUUGACCUUCUAGCCUACAUGGGCUCAACCAUCUUGAGUUUGGAGUCUCCUGCCUCUGUGGGGACAGGCGUUGGGCAUGGCCUGGUUGCAGAUGAAAAGCUGUUCAAUAUAAAUUCCAUGUCAAAAAACCAUCCUGGAAAUAGCAGCUCUGUGAUGAGGGCAGGCUGAAAAGGAAUCCCGAGGACCUAAUUAAACCACAAUUUCUAGCAUCCUUUGAGGAAAGGAAAGGCAGUUGUUAAAUUGUGCGUGUGCGUGUACACACAUGGGUUAUAUCCACAAAUAGAGCACAAAUAAUCCAGACGCUGAAAGCUCUGUUAAACAGUCUUAUGUAUUUCAGAGUUGAGUCUUCUUGCACCAACCAAAGUCAAAUUGUUCUCUUAAGCAGGGGAGUUCUUCAACUGAAUUUCACACCCUGGGCUCAAGAGAGGUUGGUUGAGACCUCUAGGAAGAGUGCCCUGCCUCAUUCUCGAAGUCUACGGUUUGCAAGAAAAACAGGAAAUUGUCAGAGAAAAGGGGGGCAUCAAAGGAAGAUGGGUGACCCCAGUCACCACUUCUUCAGUCUUACCUAAAUUGUGGGCCCCAACAAUUUACAUUUGGUAUGUCUCCGUUUUAAAGCAAAGUUGAAAGGCAUUUUUGCCUUUCUUUGCUAAUUGUAUACUGGCAAGCUACUUGGCUAAAUGCUUUCCUGCUGUUUAAAGCAGGUAAAAGCAUACAUUAAGCUUGCUUUGCAUGCUGGUCAGCUGUAUAUUGCCAUCUGCUGAUAACUGCCACAGGUAAAAGAAUUGCACUGAACAUCUGAAACCCGUUGACCAAUCUGGUUGCUUAAAGACACGUUUCUGGUCCUUAGGGGAGCAGAGUUUGCAAAGUAGUAUUGGCAAUAUUGCUGUAUUAUUUCAGAGCAGGAAUAGGCAACUAAUGUUCUCCAGAUAUUGUGGACUACAAGAUACAAUUCAUUACCUUUGGCUGAAGCUGAUGGGAGUUGAAACCCCAAACUUCUGCAGGGCCCAUCCAGUUACUUGCUUUGGAAGUUGGGACUUGGCAGGUAUUUUGGAAGACCUGGGAAGUGCCUCUUUUCAUUCCUAGCCUAGCAUCUCCAGGGAGAAUUCAGAAAAACCAGUCUGGAAGUCUGGAGAAUGGCCAUAGAUGGCCUAAGAAUGCAACUGGACAUGCAACUUGCAUCUAGUCCCAGAACGAUGCAGAAUGCAGUACAAACAGGAUUCCUCCCGGUCAUUCUGCAGCCUGAACUCAAGUCAUUCCUUGCUAACUAGCAGCUCUCAGAUGGAUGAGAAUCCUAACAGCCAGAUCUUCAACUAAGGUGUCUUAAAUUUGUGGGAUUCUCUCGGGUCUAUUGGAUACCCCAUCAAACACCAUACAGGCCUAUAAAUGCAUCCUCUUGAGUCUUUGGCACUUUGAACCAUCAGCUUUAUUCCCAUGGCAACCAAUGGCCUCUUCUCUCUACGGCUGGGGAUCUUUCCAUAGCCGCGACAGCAAAGAUACCUUCUCGAGAUCCAUUCCUGGGACCAAGGUGUACUGCCUUCUGGCCAACUUUUCCACCAUCAUUAACUGCUUCUACUGGGAAAGGGGCCUCUGCUGAGUGGUGUUGCCAAUUCCAUGGACAUAAGCCUUUCUAGUCUUUGUACAAACACAAUUUGUAUUUGCACUGUUGUGCAGGAACAGCCCUGUCUCCCCUUCCUCUGCUCAAGCGUUGAUUCCAUGCUUAUGUUGGUGGAUUGGUGUUCUCUUCCUCUCUCCCCUCCCCUGUACGCCAGUGGACAAGUUGUAUCUUCAGCCCACAAAAAUAUGGGUGGAUUCUAGAGGCAAGCAGCACAAGAAGACAUUCAGAUGAAAGUUUGCACAACUGAGUAUUCCACAAUAGAGAAACAAGAACUUGGUGGCUGAAGUUGUUCUUGUGUAUGUUUCUGGAUUCCACUGGCCAUUGUCCAACCAGGAGGAAGGCAAAGUUGAGGUCUGUGUCUGCUAUAAUAUAUGUUGGAGGCAUUAUGGGUUGUAUAGACCUGUUUCAUUGGCCUUAUGGGGAUGCUACACCAAUAACCCCAUCUCAAUUGUCUUAUGUACAGUUUUGGGGGUGGAAAUGUCCAAUCCUCUUAAAACUGUAUACUUCCAAGUCUUUGAAGAAUCCAAAUACCGGCACAGAAGAAUCAAGAGACUGUUCUUAUGACCACUUGGUAGCCUCUACUCUAAGACUUGGCUAAGAAUGAACUUGUAUUUCUCCUUGGAAGGAGAGAAGAGAAGUAGGAAAAGAAUCCUGUAAAUAUUUUGUGAUUUGUGAUUGUGAUACAGCAGUACUGUAUGGUUUUGCUUUUGUUUUUUAAUUGGAGCGAUAAAGGCCGCUUCUUAUGGAAAGCUUUCCUAUGAUUGUUGAAUUGGUUUGGCACACUUGGGGUGGACACAUGGCAUUAGCAAGCAUGGCUUGAUUUCUCUCCUCCCUUCAUUUACAACAGUGUCACUAGCUUCUCCCCAUUAAUCUUCAGAACUCACAAAAAGUGGUGAGAUCAUCCUGCAGAGCCAUAAUGUGGUUUUCUUUCGCUUAGCCCAAGGUACAAAUCUAGCAAAUGGUUUGUAAACAGCUGAUUAUUACUUAGCACAUUGUAUGAUGUGAGAGGAGGUCACUGUCAGCCCCUGGGAAUGGCAUGGCCAAGUGGAGCUUUUGAUCUGGGCUUCCCUAAUCUAGCUGCUAACCCAUAACUACAUCCCAGUGGCUAUUGUACAUCUUGAUUUUGAAUCUUGAAAGCAAUUCAGUCCAAAGCUAAAAUUCUGGAAACUUGUGGACCCAAGGCUCAUGGUGGUCAUUGAAAUGCAGGAUUAUAUAGAACUGAUCAGUGAGAGAACAGGCAGGGGACAAAGACCCUCUGGGCAUGUUUUUGCAUGCCAAGGACAGAUGAGCAACAUCUGUGAAUCCUUAAAGCAGUGUUUCUCAACCUUGGCAGCUUGAAGA